CAUAUAGAUCGAAAGAGCAUCAUCGUAUCAUCACCGACUCACCCACGAGCGAAAAACGCUGCGUUACACUGUCGGUGUCAGGAAAAAGAAAGAAAGCUCAGAAAACACACAAACACAAAGUGAAGAAAACGAAACUGAAACGGGCAAAAAAUGGAAACUUUGCCUUCCAAAGUGUGCGGAUCGUGAUGUUUGAGUCAUACAUUUGCUUUUAUGCUCCGGCAAUGCAUCAUCAUCAUCUGCCAUAAUUGAUCCUCAGUUUCUCCGAAUAAUUUCGACAGACACAUGUUGAUUCUCCCUUUUCGAUUGUUCCAAGGAUCCGGGUGUUUUUUUUUUUGUGACUUAGCUGCUCCAUUAUUAUUGGAUUUUUAGGUUCCUUGCAUAUCGAAAGAAUCAACCUUUCCUUGCACGUAUAUACGAAUCCCACGCGUUCAGUAAAGGGUUCUGCAAUCUCGCGCCACUACCACCACCGGCCUCUCUCCUGCAUCUGCUACUGCUACUGCAAAUGGGCUAUCUCCAGGAGGAGCUCCAUCAUCAGCUCCCAGGAAUGCUGCAUCAGCAUUGAUCACCUUUUCAGAUGAACUGGUCUGUGUCUGAAUCUUGGGACGUGCUUUGGAAUGGCUCUGCAUAGAACCAAUGGUGAAUUGUUCACUGAGAGAAGAAACAUCGUUGAUGCAGUUUUCAAUUCUUUUGAAAAAAGUGAUCAUGGCUCUAGAGUUUUACGUCGUGGUCGAAGGUUUGGUCGGAUUACCAAACACAAGCUUUCACGCUGGAUUUUCCUUCUCACAGCACUCCUUUCAAUACUUCUAACAGUUUAUGGUUUGAAAAUGUUUUUUCAAGCUAAAAUGGAAUCCAAGUUCUCAACAAUACCACACAGUAUACAAGAAGAACGUAACCUACAAGAAAAUAUUGUGGUAUCUGAUGAUGGAAAGACGUCUAAAGAAAAUAUUGCGGUGUCUGAUGAUGGAAAUACGUCUAAAGAAAAUAUUGUGGUAUCUGAUGUUGGAAACACUUCUAAAGGGAAGCGCCGAAAGCAUUUUCCGUGUGAAGUUGGACUUCUGGAAUCUGUAGAUGGCCUUGUUGAACCCAAAAAUUAUAUGAACUUCACAUGGUUUUCUCUAGAGUAUGUUGACCAUGAAGAUAGAACAUCCAAAAUUGAUUUAUUUGAACCUCGAUUUGGAGGACAUCAGACUCUAGAGGAAAGAGAAAAUUCAUUUUAUGCAAAAAACCAGACUCUUCAUUGUGGUUUUGUAAAAGGGAAACCAGGACAUCCAAGCACUGGAUUUGAUAUAAAUGAAAAAGAUAAGGCUUAUAUGUACAGAUGUAAGGUUGCAGUUUCUUCUUGCAUUUUUGGAAGCUCUGAUUUCCUCCGGAGGCCUACAAGUAGACUGAUCAGUCAAUAUUCAAAGGACAAUGUUUGUUUUGUUAUGUUCCUGGAUGAUCAAACUCUAUCCAAACUUUCAUCAGAAGGAAGCAGUCCUGAUGAGAGAGGGUACAUUGGCUUGUGGAAAAUAGUUGUUGUAAAAAACUUGCCAUAUGAAGACAUGCGGAGAACUGGCAAGGUGCCAAAAUUUUUAUCACAUCGCCUCUUCCCACAUUCUAGGUAUUCAAUUUGGCUUGACAGCAAGAUGCGACUCAACUCUGACCCUAUGCUGAUUAUUGAAUAUUUUUUGUGGCGAAGGAAGGCAGAAUAUGCCAUUUCAAAUCACUAUGAUCGCCACAAUGUUUGGGAGGAGGUACUCCAAAAUAAGCGCUUAAAUAAAUACAACCAUACAGCAAUUGAUGAACAAUUUAACUUUUACCAGUCUGAUGGCCUCCCCAAGGUUGACCCAUCAAAGCCAAAUGAUCCUCUUCCGAGUUAUGUUCCUGAGGGUUCUUUCAUAAUCAGGGCACAUACACCAAUGUCAAAUUUAUUUUCAUGUCUUUGGUUCAACGAAGUUGAUCGAUUUACAUCUCGUGAUCAACUAAGCUUUGCUUAUACCUAUUUGAAACUUAGGAGAAUGAAUCCAGAGAGACCAAUUCAGCUAUAUAUGUUCAAGGAUUGUGAACGUAGAGCAUUACUGAAGCUAUUCCGGCAUAGGGAACUUCCAUCUCCACGAGAGACUGCUUGAUCAGUUCCAGAUAUAUAAGGGAUGCACACUACACUAAUGGCACAGGUCAUCAUAUUUGACAUCCCUUCCAGCUUGAUUAGCCUGACAAGACAUGCAUGAUAUGUUUUAAGCUGGACCAAACAGAGGCAAACUCAUUCCUUGUUCAAAAAAAAUAAAAGAGGCAAACUCAUUCCUUGCAGAACAGUGGAUUCUUAUAAUUCCUUGCAGCCUCGGCUGAAGAGUGAUUGCAGGUGCAUUUUUGUGGCCAAGGAUUUUACUGGGGUUCAGUGGAAGUUCUUUAUGAGGGAAGGGCAAGUUGAUCAAGGUUUUAGUUUGUUCAGCUUCCUCAUGUUAGUGUCAAAUAUGGGGGAUGGGGUGAUUUUGCUACCAUGUAAGAAUACACUUUCUUUUUUCUGUGUAAACAUGCAACAGGUUCUCCUUCCUCUCCCAGUCAUAAGUAGAGGGUAUUGGCUGAUCAUAAAAACUGUAAAUUGCCUUUCAUUUUAGUAACAUUUUUGGUGAAGAGUAUUUUUCUUUCUGUAAGGUGUCCUCACAUCAAAAUAAAAAAUCAACCGCUUUUCUUUACA